UACAUAUCAAUCAGUGACUGGUUGCAUUUGUUUGCUGGUGAGAGAUUUAGUUUUUGGGCUUCAUUGCAGAAACUGCAGAAAAAAAACCUGUUUCCCAUAAAUAGGAAGUGUCCGAAGGCAGAACUCAGUGUCUCUGUGAACUAGAAGUGAACUGCAGUCAGUCGUCAUGGCGAUGCACUGCUCUUCCUCUGUGGUAUCGAGGUCUGCAAGUUUACAUCUGCUGCCACCCCACACACAACAAAGUAAAUAUAUACCGCCAAAGGAAGCAGCCUGAGGAACACCCGCAUGGUGUGAACACAGGAAGUCCUGUCACAUGUCAAGAUGCUCGAGCCGCGCCGCGUCUCGCUGCUCGCCUACGUGGUGGCCGUGGCCAUCCCCGUCUCGUUGACCUUCAACAUUGACACGACGCCUGUGAACGUCUACAUCGGGGAACAAAAGGAUUUCUUUGGAUACAAAGUGCUUCAAUUCAUAUCCGGCACGAACAAAGGGAUAUUGGUGACUGCACCGCUGCGGCUGAAUGGAUCCGGAGGCGUCUGUAAACCCGACGCUAACCAACCGAUGCAGUGCUUCACCCCUGAAGAUCUUCCUCUCACGGACACGACGGCGGCGCCGGUGAAGCACUUCGGCCUGUCGAUAGCCGAAGACGCCAAACGCUCCCGAUUCAUCGUGUGCAGUCCGAGUGUCGUGCACGAAUGCAACGAGAACUCCUACGUGAACGGCGUGUGCUACGCCGUCACCGACCGGCUGCAGCAGACCGCCUCGUUCAGAACGGCUUUCCAAGAAUGCACAAAAAAGACGGUGGACCUCGUCUUUCUGUUCGACGGCUCGCGCAGCAUGAGCGAAGGAGAGUUCAACAAAAACAAAGAGUUCAUCAAGGACAUAAUGAACAGCCUCAAGAACUCGUCCAUCAAGUUCGCAGCGGUUCAGUUCUCCACCGAAUAUCGGAAAGUGUUUGACUUCAACGACUACGAAGCCGGCAGGGAUAGCGUUAAACUUCACGAAGAAUCCCAGUUGAGGAGCCUCACCAACACACACAAAGCCCUCGCGUUCGUGUUGGAUGAAAUCUUGGAGAACUCAAAGGCGGGCGCUUCUCCCGAUGCAACCAAAGUCGUGGUGCUAAUCACGGACGGAGAUCCCAGCGAUUCAGACAGAUCCGGCAUUAUUAAGAAAUAUGAUGAGAAAAACAUAAUUCGCUUUGUCAUUGGGGUCAAAGAUGCAAAACUGGAAAAAUUCCGAGCCAUCGCUUCAGAGCCAAAAGACAAAAAUGCCUUCAAAAUUGAGAACUAUGACAGACUGAAAGAAGUACUGGUAAACUUUCAGAAAAAGAUCUUUAAAAUGGAAGGCUCCAAAGUUUCUCGGGCCGGCGACAUGACCAACGAAAUGUCUCAGAGCGGAUUCAGUGCAGUCUUCUACAAUGACACUCUGGUUCUGGGGUCAGUGGGGUCAAACAGCUGGCGUGGUUCUCUCCAGAUCCGUCAUGAACAAAAAGACACACAACUUGAAGAUCCACUCAUGCAGAUGGACUCCUACAUGGGAUACUCUAUUUCUGUUGGAGAGAAGAAUGGCGCUGCUCUAUAUUUCUCGGGGGCUCCGAGGUUUGAGCACACGGGCCAGGUCGUACUUUUCAGACACAAUGGGAAGAACUGGACGGCAGCGCAGAGAAUCAACGGGCACCAGAUUGGGUCGUACUUCGGUGCCGAGCUGUGCUCAGUGGACGUGAACUCAGACGGCGACACAGACUUCUUGCUGGUGGGAGCUCCUCUGUUCUACCAGCCUCACGAGAAGAGAGAAGGCCAGAUCUACAUCUACUCCCUAACAGACGAGAUGCAACUGCAGCGUGAGCUGACCGUGGCCGCGCCGUCCAUGGGGCGGUUCGGCGCCACCAUAUCCAGCCUUGCAGAUUUAAAUGGAGACGGUCUGCGAGACGUGGCAGUCGGAGCGCCGCUGGAGAACGACAACACGGGGACGGUGUACAUCUACCUGGGCGACCGACACCGAGGGAUACGCAGCGCCUUCAGCCAGAGGAUCACGGGACAGACAAUGAAGCCCGUGCUGAGAUUCUUUGGACAAGCCAUUGACGGGCACGUUGACCUCGGAGACGACGGACUCCCGGAUCUCGUUGUGGGAUCGCAGGGCGCCGCUGUAGUGUUGAGGUCCAGGCCCGUCUUCGAUGUCAUUGCUCGUCUGUCUUUCACACCGAGUCAGAUAAGCACCGACAGAAUUGACUGUGUGGGCAACAGCGACGAAGCUCUGCCAAUGGUUACCCUGACGACCUGCUUCGAGAUGGUGGAAACAACCAAGAGCAAAGCAGAGGCGAUGAGCUCCGGCCUGAACAUCUCGUACACGCUGAGCGUGGAUCCCAUGAGACCGACCUAUCGAGGGUUCUUCAGUCACACCGACAAGAAAUCGAGAAACCUCACCUCCACCUACGAGCUGAGGGACCAAGAGACUUGCUUCAACUCCUCCGUCUACAUGCCGAAAUGUGUGAAGGACACGUUAUCGCCCGUCAGCAUCAAAUUAAACUUCUUCCAGGUGGCCGGCGAGGCAGCGAGCGGCGUCCUGAGCGUGGACAGCAGAGCGCUGGCGGUCGCCGAGGUUCCGUUUGAAAAACACUGCAGGAAGAACGACACCUGCAUAGCGGAGCUAGACGUGGAGUUCAACUUCACGACUCCAACACUGCUGGUGGCAGAAGAAAACUACUUCAAAGUGUUCGUGAAACUGUCGAAUCACGGAGACGACUCGUACAACAGCAGCCUCACCAUGCACUUCCCCCGAGGCCUGUCCUUCUCCAGGAUGACCUUCAUACAGGCAACGCGACCGACGAUCCACAGCUGCUACGACCUGGAGGGAGAACUCGACAAAACCACGUGUGGCAUCAGCCGGCCGGUGUUCCGCAGCAGGUCGUCGGCCACGUUCAUGACCUCCUUCCACAUCAUGAAGGAGUACGAGUGGGACGACACCAUCACCGUGAACAUCACCGCUGAAAGUGAUAACACAAACUCCAGCAGCGUCGCUUUCCUCUCCCAAAGCAUCCGAGUGCAAUUUGAAAUUAAAAUGGCGGUAAUGGUGAAAGAAGACUCCAUCGACUACCUGAACUUCACAACACAGGACGCUGGGCCCAAAAGAAUCGUUGCUCCAUACAAGAUAGAGAAUCUCGGUUUCAAGGACUUUCCCGUCAACGUGUCGCUGGUCUUCCCGACUAAACUGGAACAAAACUUUGAGAUGACGAACCCCCUCGUGGUCGUUGGGCAGAACAAAACUCACUGCACCGCCAUCGCGGAUACAACAUCUGAAUACUGUUCACCUGAGAGGUUUUGUAAAAUCAUAACGUGUGACGGCUUCAUCCUGGAGAGAGAAUCCCCCACCGAGUUCACGCUGUCAGGAGACGUUCAGUUCAGGGAUCUCAACCAGCACGCAGCGAAUAUUGCGUUUCUCAAACGAUAUACUGGAGAUGGCGGAGAGGUUAAAUUUAGAAGCUUUAUUCACGUUGACUACGACGAGCGACGCUACGUUCUGGACUCUCACAAACAGGAGAAGACCGACAGAGACCCAACAAUGAAAUGGACUGACGUUCGGGUGGAGUUCAUCAUCCUCCCGGAUCAACGUCUGAUCAUUUCAACUGGAGUUGGCCUGGGCCUGUUGUUCCUGAUCAUAAUCACCGUCGUCAUGUUCAAGCUGGGCUGCUUCAAGAGGAAAACUCUGGAGUAUUACCAAGAGCACGAGGACGACGGCGCCGCCCCUCAGACCACACCCGCCCCCGCCGCCGGGCCGCUCGGCCAAUCAGAGGCCAACGGCAAACACGUCGCGCCUCGGGAGGAAGUCACGCUCCUCGGUGGCGGCGAGGCGAACGGCGGCGCCCCGCCAGCCGAAGCGGACUGAACUUUACCACGUCCGGCAGAACUUCCACUUCCUUCUUCUCAGUCAAGUUGCUUCUGUUUUCAUGGCCUCGUGAGGUUCGUUGCGCACACAAACUUUUUAGAGAUUUUAAGUUUUUUUUUAUGUUCUCCGGCACAAAAUAUGUUACAGGGUUCGUACGGUCAUGGAAAACCUGGAAAAAUCAUGGAAUCUUUAUGGUUAAUUUUUUUAAUGGUUAUUUCCAGGCCUGGAAAAGUCUUUGAAAUACAAUAAAAUCUCAAGUUUUGAAAAAGUCCUGGAUAUGUUAUAUUCAUAUGUUCAUUUAGGCAGUUUGAUUAAAAGAAUAAACAUU